UUUCGCGCUGCUUCGCCCUGCAUUUGUUAGCCAUUUUCAGGGAAAAUAUGAAUGAAUCGGUGGCAUCAACGUAUGAUGAGCAGGGUGGACCGGACCCAGUGGAACAGCUAAGCAAACAGCCUCCAGAUCUAGAGGGUCUUCAGCCUGCUGAUCACCAAUCUUCAGCAGGUGUUGGCCCCUCUUCACCUUUGGCUGAGACAAGUGGCUUGUUGUCUUUACCAUGGGAGCUGAUAAUCCAAAUUGCUUCACACCUACCUGCACAGUGCGUCACCUCUGUGCUGCCAAAGGUCUGUCAGGCAUUAGGUAGUGUGAGUAAGGACAUCACAGCUUGGCAACUCCGAGCUCAUAAGUUAACAGGAACCCAAACUCCCUUUCCAGUGGGGCCAAGGGAGGAUUUUGAUUGGCCUACUGCUUGCCUCGAGAUGGAGCAGCUUAUAAACAGCUGGACAAGCCACACACAUCUUUUAGCCAAACACACCCAAGAAGAUGAGGAGGGAAGGUAUCAAGGGAGGCAGCAGCAAAGGGCAGUUCAGGGAGAAGAACCAGUUCCAGAAGGACAGGGAGAUGGUGGAGGGGCUGAGGUAGAAGGGGCACGAGUGGUUGCACUGGAGGCUGCAUGUGGUGGUGGUGAUGAAGGGGUGGAGGUGGCAGUAGAAAGUGAGAAUGGGGACAUGCAGCCCACACCACCAGCACUGGAAUGCAUCACCAUUCAAACAGACCACAUUGCCCAGAUUGACUCAGUCCUCCUGGUAGGAGGAGAGGGGACAGUUUGUGCUACUGGUUCCAGAGACUGGAAUGUUAAACUGUGGGAUCUUCACACAAACUCUAGUGGUGCACUGCUGCACAGUUUGGGAGGUCCAAGAAACUUUAGUACUCAUCAGGGAUGGGUCUGGUGCCUGGCAUCUCAGGGAUCUCUACUGGCUUCAGGGGGCUUCGACAGCACAGUGAGGCUGUGGGACCUGCAGUCAGGUGGUGCAGAGAGGGGUCUAAUCAGAGCUGGGGCCACUGUCCUCUGCCUGUCCUAUCAAUCGGAUGUGUUGCUCGCUGGGACAUUUGACAAGAGGAUCAGCAUGUAUGACACCAGAGCGGCUGAACCCCUGGUGAAGAGUCUCCGUCUCCAUGGUAGUGCUGUAAUGUGCCUAGCUGCAGAUGACAAGUACAUUAUCUCUGGGAGUAAAGACUGUAGUGUGGCUGUGUUUGACCGUAGGGCAGGCAAAGGCUUGAAGAAAAUUCAGCUGAAGUCAUACUUGCUGUCCAUGAGCUACAGUGGUAGUGAAGUAUGGGCAGGAGACAACAAUGGCUUGCUCCACUCCUAUUCCAUGCAAGAGGGAACCUUGAAACCCCUGCUCCAAUUUGAUGUGGGACACAAAGCUCUGAUUACUGGCAUCCACAGGUCCCCUGGGGCCCUUUACACCUGUUCAUCUGAUUCCACUCUCAAGGUCCACGUUCCUUGUGCACCUCCAAGGACAUUAUGCACAAUGUAUCAUGAAGCCGGAGUCAACGGGCUCAGUGUGGAUGCUGGAGUCCUUGCUGUAGCAACAAGGGAUAUGUUUGUAGAAGUCUGGAGGCCCAGGAAAUGAAAGAGCAACGCCUGGAACCUAGAGUAUGUGGCAGCAGUAAAAGCAGGAGGAGGCAAAACCAGAAGCUUUCAGUACUAUACUGGUCUUGCAGCAUUUUUGAAUUUAGAAUUUCUACCACUACUACUACACAGGGGUGGGUAGAGUAGCCAAAGUUCCCAGCUGACAAAGGUGCGAAAGGCAUGGUCACACCCUGGACAGGUCGCCAUGUCCAUCGCAGGGCAAACAUAAAGACACAAACAACCAUUCACUCUCAUACUCACUCCUGCGGUCACCUACAGUCAAUGGAGAGUGUCCAUGUAACCUCUGCAUGUUUUUGGACUGUGGGAGGAAACUGGAGGAAAAAACUCACAACACGAGGAGAUAAAUGUUUAAAAUGUGUAAUAAAUAUCUUUUUGAAAAGAGCACAACCAAUUGUAUAGCUAUAUUGCAAUUUAAAAAAAAUUCCCUCUUUGAUUCAAUUGAGCUAUCACUACAGACAAUAAACUCAUAUUGGAAAGAUAUUGCUUAUACUUGUCACAGCCACCAUUUUGUGAAACUCAGAUUUUUUUCGUUGAAGGGUUCUCUAACUUGCAGCCCAUGGGUCAAAGGCGGGGCUGCUGGAGACGCUACAUCAUGGAAUGAGCACAGAGAAACAAAGACUCGCUUAAGCUGUUAGACAGGCCUUUUGAGGUUGUUUUUCCUCUAAUUGUCAGAGAAAAAACACUGGUUCUACAAGAAUGGUGAGGUUUGGUGUACAUGCUAAUAUAAACGUUUACCCACAAUGACUUCAUAUAUCCUGUAACAACAUAUGUGCACAUAAUGAAGAAGGGAUAGAAUAAAGACAGAAUACUGAGUAUGUUAAUUAAUAAUUGGCAGUAAACAGUGAACAAUAUUUUUUUAUAGUAAUAAUAAUACAAUGGGUUAUAUAUUCAUUACAUUAUUAAAUGGAUUACAUUCAACACUCAAGCUUGUUUAGUGUUUUAGUUAAAGUUGUCCUUGCGUGAUUAUUUUAUUUAUUUUGUGUCAUAAUUAGACUUUUUUCUUUUAUUGUUCCACAUCAUAACAAAAUGCAACAUCAUGAAUAAUAUGAUAUGAUUUUAAUAUAUUUUGUCCACCUCUAUUAACCAGUUUUGAUGGGGGGGGGGGGGGGGGGCUUUGGACUUUUUUUCACUUGACCAGCCACAUCCUGAUCAAACUAGAGGCGUUUUGGCCUCUGGAGUUUGAAAUUUGAAAACCCUGAUUUAAAUGGUCAGUUAUAUUUAAAUGUUCCCAAAUCGAUUGAUUCCAUGACAGUAAGUGACAACACCUUAGUUAGAAAGUACACAGCACGUACAGUGAAACACUUGUAUCCAAGCCCUCUGCACACAGAUUCUUCAAAUGCCUUGUAUGUCUUCACUAUAUUUAUGUAGUUGUCGCACAUGUGGUAUGUAACCAUAAAUCUCGUACACAAAACUUGACAGAUACAUUAUUUUGACAGACACUGUGAGACUGUUUCCAUAGAAGAUGUCAAUAAAUGGUCUGAACAACUAGCA